CAUGUGUCUUGAAUAGUACAGGAAAUAUAAUGCGGAAUUUAAAGCAGGGAACGAAAGAGUCGCGUGGGGGUGCUAGGACAGAAGAUCAAUGCUGGCUUUGUUUUGACUUUUAAAACGAGCAUGUUAAACAUUUCUGAUUGUUUUCAUUAUAGUCUACUGUAGAACUUUAGCAACUUCCUGGAUGGUCGAUGGAUGUAAAUGCCUCUGACCAGCUAAUACAAUGUGCUUUAUCCAUAUGGGAGUUUAGGUGUAUGUAGUAAUUCAUCAAGUUUUUUGAAUUAAAGUAAUCUCUGCGGACGUAAUACUUGGUUAGCACGCGUGGAUAAAUACAUGGAUUGCAUAAAUCCCAUGCAGAAGAAGAGAAGACACAGUGAAGAGGUGGAACAAUGGCUCAAACAGUCGAAACGGCUGUGCAAUGGACUGGGAGGCUGUGGUCCAGUUGAAUAUAAUGGGGUGAUAGACACUCCAAUGGAUACGUGGGAUCCCCCAAAUCAUGGCACUCAAAAUGGACAUGGUGCCAAUGGCUACGUACCUGGCAUGGUUUUAGGAGCCUCAGGACGUGGUGCAGGACAGAUUUGCCCCAGAUGUAUGGCAGGUGAACCUGGUCAUAUAAACCACAUCAUGAAGUAUUGAUCACCAGGGCCGAUGGCUAAUGCAGAAGGUGAAUUGAUUAAUUAACCGGAAAGGAAAAAGGGCGACUCAGAAAUGCAAUCCGCACUUUAGCUCUAUUCUGCAGUUUUCUGUAUAUUCUGUGCCUUUCGUGCAUUUUACAUCCAUCUUCUAGGAAUAUAUUGUUUUGUAGAGAUUUAUAUAGUUUACAGUACCAUGAGCGCUCCAUGAACUUGAUGAGAGAGGUCAGCCUGAUCUCACGGGAAUUUGUACGUAUUUUACGAGUUGGCGAGUAUUUUGGGUGAAUCAUAUAAAAACAUGAUUAUUAGAAAAAACUAAGAAUACACAGCAUCUUAACCCAAAUACAAAAGCAAAUGGUAAAAAAAUAUAUGAAUGUUAUUGGAUAAAUUAGCCACCUCCAAAAAUGAGAUUGUGUCGGAAAGGUAAUGAUGGAUGUUUUGGAUCCUCAGGUCUUAGUUUAAUUAUGAAAUUAAAUUUUUUAACAAACACACCUUACUAAAACAUUACUUGUUUGCAUUUUGAGGCAAAACACGGGGCAUUGAAGUUUUUUAAGAUAUGUCAGUGCAAGUUGUUUUCAGUUCAGACAGCUCUUACACCCCCAAAAAGUUGUAUUGUGUUUUUUUUCUUACAUUUUUUUCCAGGUCCAGUUUUCAUUACUUAAAAAUUGCUCCUGUUUAGCAAAGUCUGUUUGCAUAAAUAUUUUUAUAGAUUAUUUUUCUAAAAACUAAAAUAAUGAUGGACUUUAGAGCACUAAAUGCAUUUCAUAAUUCCAGUUCAUUUCUGUGUUGAUAAUUUUUUUAUGAAAAUUCGUGAAUGUAUGAUUUAAUUUGGUUUUGUCCUUAUAUUUCUGUACCUUAACAAAACAUUUAAAACGUCUUUAUAGUUGUCACUAUGUUGUUUAUCAUAAUUUGUAUUCACUGGGAAAAUGUUUAAUAAUUAAUCUUCAUGUAACUUUAAAAAAAAAACAGUCCAGGAUAUUUUACAUAAAGGCUAAUUUUAAAUAAAUGUUU